GGAUUCUCCAUUUAUUUUAAAAUUGAAAAAUAUUGCACAGUGAGAUAAGCUGAUUCAGCUCUGAACCAGCUUUGAGCUUAUCACUCCGCCCAUAGUCGUCUUCUUUAAUACGCGGUCUUCUCGCGCUUCGCGGAUUACCCAAGAAGAACAAACCAACCAACCAAACACAGCACCCUCAACGAGAGAGAGAGAGAGAAAUUGCUAAAAGACAAAAAAUACUUGAAAGAACACCAUGAAAGUUCUGAUUAACAAUCCGAAACCAUUUCUCUCAUCACCAAACUCCAUUUUCCCCAACAACAACCCUCGCUUUCAUCUUCGCCCAUUCCCCAAACGCCAAUGGAUCGGGCCAAGGCUCUGUUUGGCGAGGGCCGCGUUGGAUUGGGCCACCAUCGAGCAAUUCGGGCUUCCCGAGUUCGACGUCCGGAACCCGGCGCUGUCGUCGUCGUAUCGCCGUUCGGAGUUGCCCAGGCCCAACCAGACGGUGCUGGAGGCCCAGGCUAGGGUUUGCACCGGCCCGACCCAGACCCGCCCCCUCGACGAACAACAGGCCUUCAAGGUCUUCGACCUUAUCCUCAGAUCAGCUAGGGGAGGAAUGAAAGAUGAAGAUGAAGUUUCUAAAGCACAACUUGGGGCAUUUUUCGCGGGGAUGACAAUCCGUGCAAAUGCAUUUCCUGAGGCGACGCAAUGGAGUGAAGGGGAAACACGUGCAAUGAAGACAUUCUGGCCACUUCUGGUUAGAGUUCUUCCACCUGAGGUUAUAUUCAUUGCAGACCCGGAAGGGUUAAUGAUGGGUGUGGGAAGUUCAAUUGGGCCGCAAUAUGUUGGCAAUGGAACCAGUGAGAUGCGAUUGGUUGGUGCUCUUAGGGAGGUGUUGGCUGGUGGUCAUCUUGGAUUUGAGGAAGUGCAAGGUGUGUUAAAGGAUGUCCUUCCCAUCAAAGAGGGUGAUGAAAAGCCUCAGGGAGUAAGUGAGGCUUUGCUUUCUGCAUUUUUAAUAGGUCAACGCAUGAACCGUGAAACUGACCGCGAAUUAAAAGCAUACUGCCUUGCAUUUGAUGAUGAAAUUGGCCCCCCUCCUGUUGCUGAUGUCAGAUCAUUGACUCAUUAUGGUGAACCUUAUGAUGGUAACACACGCUUCUUCAGGAGUACGCUAUUCGUUGCUGCUGUUAGAUCUUGCUAUGGAGAGUCUUGCUUGCUUCAUGGUGUAGAUUGGAUGGCACCUAAGGGGGGUGUAACUGAAGAGCAGAUGUUGAAGUUUAUGGGGGCAAAUAUAAAUAUAUCCCCUUCCAAGGCCAAAAAACUUCUUGAGGAUGAUGAAGUUGGUUUUGCUUAUGUAAGUCAGCGUGAAGCUCGCCCAUCUCUCUACUCUUUAAUUAAGAUAAGGGAGCACAUAAAGAAACGCCCUCCGCUUGCAACAACUGAAAAGGUUCAGCAAUAUGUAAAGGCAAAUGGUAAGGAAGCUAUUGUUGCUGGAUUUUAUCAUGAAGGUUACGAAGAGCCAUUGUUAAUGCUCAUGAAAAGAAGGGGAGUGCAUUCAGGUUUGGUAGUGAAGGGAGAGGAAGGGGGCCUCUCAUUGACUACAAGAUUGCGAUCAGCUAACACAACCAGGGGACUUCCUGUGAACUACUGUUCAGGUUUCCGUGCACUUGACAUUUCAUCCACAUCUGAAGUGGGUGGAGUGGCACGUCAUGGUUUUAGUCUUGAAGUCAAUGCCAAGGAUUACGGUUUCCAACCCACAGACACACCAAGAACUGAUAGAUCUGUCUCGAAGAACAUUGAAUUGGGUUUAGCUGCUCUCUAUGGAGAAAAAGGACCAGCAUAUGACCGAAUUGUCUUGAAUGCCGGAGUUGUGGAUCACUUGCUUGGAGUUGGUGGUGCAGAAGAUAUAUCUGCAGCCCUGGAUAGAGCCAGAGAGGCCAUUGACAGUGGUAAUGCUCUGAAACGACUCCUAAACUACAUUAAGGUCUCCCACAAAAUAGGUUGAAUUAUUUGAGCAUUGCAAAAUACCUUUCUUAUACAAUGUGUUGGACAUAAAGGGAAGAAAAAACCUAAGAUGGGUCCCCCCUUCUUUUUCCCAAGUAAUGAAAGAAAAAAAAUGGAGAUACUUGAGAGUUUUUUUUUUUCUUUAUACACAUCAGUUUUGAGGAUUUGACUACGUCUGUAUAACAAUCUCCAACUCGCUUAGAAACCGCAGAUAGCUGCUGCUUUUGUAAUUAAGGUGGCAUACUGAUAGUCAAUGUUAAAAAAGUUUGUGCAUUGCUUUUUUGGACGUAA